CUCGUGUUUGAAAAGACCGCGCCAUAUCCACACCAACAACAACCAAGGAAAACGACGAAUAUGAAUGUGCCAAGACAGCAAGAGCAGGAAGGGGAGGAGGCGGCGGCUCCAGGCCUCGGGGAGCGGCUGUACAAGGCCAUGUACUAUGCGAUGCUGUUCAUGGUUGUGCAGUCGCUGCUGUCCACGGCUGUCUCCAAGCUGGUUCAGCCAUCACCUGAUGCUGCGUCUGCAUCAGCAAGCCGGCGCGGCGGCGAUGGUGGCCACGGUUCUUCUCGCACAGCAGAUGAUGCACGUGGCGUACGCAGGUACCAGAACACGUUCCACUACUCGGACCCGCUCUCGCUGUACGUGUAUGUGACAGAGGAUGGGCCAGCCUUCUCGGCCUGGGAUAGCACGGAUCACCUGGUGUGGGAGGAGACUGGGAUCGCAUACGGGGACUGGGACGCGCAGCUGAUGCACAAGCUUGUUGAGGUGGACGUCAGCCCGGGGCUGAAGGCGAACGGGACCUUGUACGUGCACGCCUACGUGUGCAAGGAAGGCGCGCCCCUGGAUCCAUCUGAUCCCGCGUACGACCGUGGCAGCGUGGCGGAGCUGCACACCAACAUCAUCCGGUACAAGGAGAAGAAGGUGGUUGAGCGCAAGCGCCAUCUGCUGGACGCAGUGGAUCCAACCAAUGAUCAGAGCAGCGACGACAGCGAGGAGGAAGGGCAGCAUGCGGAACAUGCGCAGGCUAGAGACAGGCAAAUUGUUGCGCACUGGCACGGCAACUUGACACUGCAGCUGCUCACCGAUGACCAGCCCUUAAUGACAGAACAGCUUCCUCCCGCUGCAGUCCGUCUCUUCACACUGUUGCAGGAGUCACGGGAGUACACGCCGCCGCUCGUACACAACGACUUCUGGGACCUGCGCGAGAACAUGCAGGAGAUCAAUGCCACAACGGCCAGCCCGCUGCCGCUCAACAUCACCUUUGGACCCAUCGGCAUGAUGAAACUUGGGCUGUACCAGAGCAUGCAGGAGAGCCUUCAACACCAGCGAACGCUCGGCACCGCUGCAGAGGCCGAGCAGGAGAUGAUGAAGAAGAUGCUGCUCGAGACGAACCCGUACUAUCUCGGCCUCACCAUGACGGUGUCGCUGCUGCACACGGUCUUUGAUUGGAUGGCCUUCAAGAACGACAUUCAAUUCUGGCGCAACCGCAAGAGCAUGGAAGGGCUGAGCCUGCGUGCGCUCAUCACGUCGCUCGUGUUCCAAGUCAUCAUCCUGCUCUAUCUGUUCGACCACACGGACACAUCCUGGCUCAUCCUCGCCUCCUCCGCUGUUGGCGUUCUCAUUCAGGGGUGGAAGAUCACACGUGCUGCUGACGUCAGCGUUUCCAAGACGAGCCGCGUGCUUGGCAUUUUCCCGCGCGUGUCCAUCAAGGGAAAAGCAGACUACAAGUCCACGACAGAGGCAUACGACCAGCUCGCGUUCAAAUACCUGUCGUGGGUGAUGGCGCCUCUGUUUGUCGGAUACGCUGUGUACUCUCUCGUGUACAAUGAGCACAAGGGCUGGUACUCGUACGCCAUCAACAUGCUCGCCGGCGCAGUGUACACGUUCGGUUUCAUUCAGAUGACGCCCCAGCUGUUUAUCAACUACAAGCUCAAGUCUGUGUCGCACAUGCCGUGGAGGGUCAUGACGUACAAGUUUCUCAACACCAUCGUCGAUGACCUCUUUGCCUUUGUCAUCUCCAUGCCGACAAUGCACCGGCUCGCCUGCUUCCGCGACGACAUUGUGUUUCUUGUGUUCCUGUACCAGCGCUGGAUCUACCGGGUGGACCCAAACAGGCGCGGCGAGUACGAUAUCCCCGACCGUGAUGGUGAUCAUGAUGAGCAGCAGAAACAGAAGCAGAAGCAAGUUGAUGGGGCAACCACAGAGGAUGCCGAUACAGGCAACACCAGUACCAACAGAGGUGACACGGAAGAGAAGCAUGAAGCGACCGCGGCACCAGCAAGCAGCAAGGCGUCAGAGAAAGAUGGCGGCACGAGCAGCACCGACAGCAACGAGAAAGAGGACACUGGCGCGUCUCGUGGCGUGCGAAGACGACGACAACCGGCGCGCAAGGCAACGGAGUGAGGCGGAGAGGGUACACACACAUAGGGUCAGACUAGGGAUUGGUGUGUGUGUGUGUGAGAGAGUGUGUGUGUGUGUGUGUGUCAGUGAGAGAGAGAGAGAGUGUGUGUGUGUGUGUGCGUGCGUACUGCGUGAUAGCGAGUGCUGCUUUGCUGCUUCUCUCCCAUUGUUAGUUGUUUGUGGUUGUCCUUUAUUGGGGGCACUCAAUACACAUCUUUUAACGGA